UCUUAGCAGUAAUCAGUGCUGAAGAUAUAUAUCAAACCCCCAAAUAACCGUUAUUGAAACUGUUAAUUGGAGAUGGACCAGUAACUCACACAGUCCCAUCUCUCUUCUGCAACUAAAUACACGUUCACUCUCUUCUCUCUGUUUGAAAACGUCACAAGCAGCGGAGGACAACUUACAGCUGUCAAUGUUCCCCAAGAUGCAGAAAACUUCACAUCUUUAAUAAAAUACAACCAGUCUGCAGUGGACUAAAGUGAACGACAACAUCAGCUUUGUCCUCCAGUUCAAUGAUCAUAUUGUUGCAUUAAAGAUGAAAUUAACCUUGGAGUCAGAGAUUCAGAACGUGAUGGCAGAGCACUUAAGGCAAUAUGGAUCAUCACAACACCAGUUCUCCAUGAAGGUUCUGUCUGUGGAAACCAAGAUGAAACAAAUGGAGGAAAGUUCCUUGCACGACUCCUUUGUCUCAGUUUUCAGCGUCGUCGCAUCAACACAAGAAGGUUCCCAGCUUGAAUCUUGUCCGAAGCUUAGGGAACUUAUGUUCGGGUGUGGCCUUUCUCCUGGAUCUCAGCAAUCCAGUCCAGUUUAGGUUGGAUGGAUGGAGUUGCUUUCUUUGAAGAAUUCAUUAUGUAAAACUUUUUCAACCCCGUCCUGUGGACUCUAACCAUCUUUUGAAAUGCACCUCUCUCAAAUAAAGUAGUAUCAGCAUGCUUAUAUGUAUAAAUAAUACUAUAAAAGCAGAAGGUUUAACAUUCCACAUGAAUUUUUAUUGCAUGACGAGAGAUAAAGUGAUUUAUUUCUACAAGACCUUCAAACUUUAUGUAGCCUCUUUAUGUGAAGCUUCAAGUCUGAGUGGGUUAAACUAUGUCCACAAAAUUUGUAUGCUAUUGUUUGAAAUGAAGUGUCUGGGAGCUUUGUAGUGAUAAAUGUGACUCCCACGACUACUUCCUCAUUGCUCAGAGCAGCACAUUUACAUUACUGAUAAAGCUCAAAGAUGAACCGCCUCCGUGCCCGAUCUGGACUUCACUCCUCCCUGGAACUGCAUGCAAAAAGGCUCUCGGAGGGAGGGGUAGGGACCCGGAGAGGGAGGACUUUGGCUUCACAACCACAAUGCCAGUAUUUGCCUUUACUCCCUCACAGGUCACCUUUCACACUCGGGGCAGAGAGACCGAGACUAAAGGAGAAACAGUUCUUCCUUGGGCCCUGAGGUCAUGGCUCGCCCCGGCGCCCUCCUCUCAGAGAUCCAGUUCCAGUGCUCCAUCUGUCAGGAUGUCUUCUCAGAGCCUGUCUCCAUCCCUUGCGGUCACAGCUUCUGUGCCAGGUGCAUCUCCUCUCACUGGGACGACAGCCCCGCCAUCAGCUGUCCCAAAUGUCAAGCCGUGUUCGAGAGCCGCCCGGAGCUCUGCGAGAACUCCUUCGCCAAAGAAAUGUCGGAGCAGAUCCGAACAAGGCGGCAGAGCGGCGCCACAUCAGCACCGGGAGAAACUAUAUGCUGUGACGUGUGUGUGGGGAAGCCGGCCAAGGCGCUGAAGUCCUGCGUGGUGUGCCUGACCUCUUACUGUGAGCGCCACCUGGAGCCCCACAGGAGAGUUGCCACCUUGAACAGUCACAAGCUGAUUGAGCCCGGCAUGCUGGAGAGCAGGAUGUGCAGACGGCACCAGAGGCUCCUGGAGCUGUUCUGCAGAAGUGACCGGAGCUGUGUUUGUGUGCUGUGCACGGAAACUGACCACCGGUGUCAUAACACCGUCCCGGUGGAGCGAGAGAGCCAGGAGGUGAAGGCCCAAAUGAAGACAAUUGAAGCUGAUGUUCAGCUGAUGAUCCAGGAUAGGGUCCAGAAAGUGGAGGAGAUCAACCACAAUAUUGAUCUGAGCAGAGAAAACUCAAAGAGGGACCUGGAGGAAAGCGUGGCGGUUUUCUCUGCCCUGUUUUGUAUCGUGGAGGAAAGUCGAGCCGAGCUGCUGGAGAUGAUCCAGAGGAGGCAGGAGGAAGCGGAGCAGAGAGCGCAGAGGCUCGUCGCAGAUCUGGAGAAGGAGAUCUCCCACCUGCAGAGCAGGAGACGCGCGAUGGGGCAGCUUCUCCUCUCAGAGGACCACCUCCACGUCGUACAGAAGUUUCCAGGUCUGCGUUCCCCCCCGCCUGCCGAAGCCUGCUUGGACAUCUUCGUCCACCCAGAUACCUGUUUGGGGACUUUGAGGAGGGCGGUGGCCGACAUCCAGCAGCAGCUGCAGUCAGAGCUGAGGAAGGUUUCCGUUCGAGAGCAUGAAAAGAUUCAGAAACAUGCAGCUGAUGUGCUUCUGGACCCCAGGACGGCCAACCCCUGGCUGGUUCUGUCCAAAGACGGGAAGCAAGUGAAAGAUGGAGAUGUUCAGCAAAACCUGCCCGACGCACUGGAGCGUUUUGAGACAGCGCCGUGCGUCCUCGGCCGCAGGGGUUUCACCACCGGCAGGCACUACUGGGAGGUGGACGUGGGGGACAAGACGGCGUGGGACCUCGGUGUUGCCCGGGAGUCCGUCGGCAGGAAAGGCGUGGUCACCCUGAGCCCGGAGGAUGGAUAUUGGACUAUUUGUUUGCGGGAGGGCAGCGAGUACCGGGCGUGUGCAGGCCCGGCGGAGCUGCUGCACCUCUCUCAGAGGCCAAAGGUCAUCGGGGUGUUUCUGGAUUACGAAGAUGGGACGGUGUCUUUUUACGAUGCAGAGGACAAGACGCUCCUUCAUUCAUUUACGCACUUCCUGUUCGCUGAGGUCAUGUUUCCCUUUUUUAACCCAGAAAUGAGCGACGGCGGCACCAACAAGUCACCGCUGAUCAUCCGUCCUUCCAGUAAAGUCUACGAAAGAAGAGAUUCAGAGAGCAUCACUAUAUGAUGUGACAAAUGUGUCUGGAAAUGAUUUAUUUAUUUUAGCACUGUACUUUUUUGUACUUUGUUUUUUUAUUGCACACAUAUGCAUUUUAAAAUGUGAUUUUUAUAUUUUAAUAAGGCCCAAACCAUGAAAGAUAGAUUAACUCCACAACUAUGCUUCACCAAUAAACAGAUAC